AUGAACUCCAACGAACACAUUGGCCCGGCUACCCCCGGCGCAUCGUCGCCAUCCCCGGUGCGGGAGCCGGCGUCAUACCCUCAUGAGCAGCACGGAUAUGCGCAUGAGCAUGUCGGCCACAAUUCAUCCUCCCAAGUCGGUGUUGCGAGCAAUCCGGAUCCAGCCCUCGAGUAUUCCCACGAGCAUCACCAUGCACACCUCCACCACGGCAAAACAGCCGCAACCCCCGACGAGAAGCAUGAGGUCAUGUACGCUAGGGACACCGAGCAGGUUCGUGGGAGCGACCUGCUUGACGCCUCCGCCGCCACCCCCGAGUACGAUCUCAAGGGCCAGAACGUCAACGAGAACUCGCUCGAUCCCGAAGACGGCGGCCAUGUCGGCUCCAUCCACGAUGGCCGCGAGCGCAAGUGGACCAUUCGCCGCAUCUACACCCAGUUCAAGCCCUUCUUCCACCUAGCCUUCUGGAUGGUCUGGACCGCUGACAACUAUGGGUGGCUGAAGCCAACGCUUUUGUAUAUCGCCAUCACCUUGCGCAUGAUCUUCCUCUGGGUCCCUAUCGCCCUCGUCAUGCGUCCGGUCAAAUUCGUCUGGUUCCACACGGUGUACAAGGGCUACGAGGUGAUUCCUGCCAAGCUGCAUCAGCCUCUUGCCGCCCUCGUGACGUUUGGCGUCUUCCUCAUCGGCUCAUUCGUACCCGAUGAGACCGGCGAGAAUACCCGCGCCAACCGUGCCAUCUCCAUCUUCGGCCUGCUGGUCAUGAUCGCACUUUUGACGGUGACCUCACGCGAUUGGCGCAAGAUCCCGUGGCACACCGUCAUUGGCGGCAUGCUGACCCAGUUCAUCAUCGCCGUCUUCGUGCUGCGGACAAAGGCCGGCUACGACAUCUUCAACUUCAUCAGCUUCCUCGCCCGUACCCUGCUGGGCUUCGCCAACGAGGGUGUCGAGUUCCUGACCGCCUCAUCAGUACUUGAUCUGCACUGGUUCUUGACCGGCGUCGUUCCACCCAUUAUCUUCUUCGUGGCCCUAGUGCAACUGCUGUACCACAUUGGAUUCAUCCAGUGGUUCAUUGGCAAGUUUGCCGUCUUCUUCUUCUGGACUCUGCGCGUAUCCGGUGCCGAGGCCGUCGUCGCUGCCGCUACUCCCUUCAUCGGCCAGGGAGAGUCCGCCAUGCUGAUCCGCCCAUUCGUCCCCCACCUUACCCUCGCCGAGCUCCAUCAGGUCAUGACCUGCGGUUUUGCCACCAUCGCCGGAUCCGUGCUCGUUGCCUAUAUGAGCUUGGGCCUGAACCCUCAAGCCCUCGUGUCGUCGUGCAUCAUGUCCAUCCCUGCGUCUCUCGCCGUGUCCAAGCUCCGCUACCCCGAGACGGAGGAGACCUUGACCUCCGGCCGCGUCGUGGUUCCCGAUGACACGGAGCACAGAUCCGUCAACAGCCUGCACGCCUUCGCCAACGGCGCAUGGCUCGGCAUCAAGAUUGCGGGCAUGAUCAUCGCGACUCUGCUCUGCAUCAUUGCCCUGGUCGGGCUCAUCAACGCCUUCCUGACCUGGUGGGGCACGUACUGGAACAUCACCGACCCGGAUCCGCUGACCCUGCAGCUCAUUCUCGGCUACAUUCUCUACCCGGUGGCCUGGCUGCUCGGAGUGCCGAAGCAGGAUCUGCGAAACGUCGGCGAGCUCAUCGGCAUCAAGAUCAUCACCAACGAGUAUGUCGCCUUCAACGACCUGACUACCCUGCCCAAGUACAUGAACAUGACCGUUCGUGCACGACUCAUCGCCACCUAUGCAUGCUGUGGCUUUGGCAAUAUCGGAUCUCUUGGUACCCAGAUUGGUGUUCUGUCGCAAAUCGCCCCUGGCCGAGCCGGCGACGUGUCGCGCGUCGCUCUUUCGGCCCUGUUCUCGGGUGUUCUGGCAACUCUGACCUCUGCCAGCAUUGCCGGCAUGUUGUUCACGGAUGAGAUGGGUCGCAGCGUAUAA